UGCAUUUAUCACUCAGAAAUAAAAGAUGAAGUGAACUGAUGGCCUUAUUUUGAAGUAGCCGGUUGCAAAGCCGUGUUUCCCUGAUUAAAAAGGAAACUAGCUUACUCUUCAGCACCUGCCAUGUACAGAUUAAGCAGAAGAUUUCGUAGACGAUUUGGGAAGGACAAAGAAGAAAAGAAGGAUAAACAUGCAUUGGACUAUGUCAUCGUUCUACUUGAUAGCAGCGAUCUCUCGUUCAAUUUGCAUGUAAGUUUUGAUGAUGUAUUAGUUCCUAACAGCUUACAUUAGUAAGAACGGUGGACGCUACCAUUAUUGACACGAUUUUGGGCAAUUUGUUUUGGCGUGUAACUGAAAUGAUUUGUUGUCUUCGACGAAUUCACGCAAAUGAUAUAUGGCUGCAUUUCCGCCAGUAAAGUUUCAAACUUUUCUUUUGUAAUUUAAUGUCAAGUUUUGAAAGGAAUGUUCCAGAAGAGCUAAUAUUUGUAGAAGAUAUAGAAAACAGUGGACUCUUUGUUGGUUUUAUGGCUGUAUGUCUAUAAGAUAAGAUCUAACUGUCUUUGAAUGUUUUUUAAUUUAUACUAGGUCGUUGCAGAGUUCAAUAUACGUUGAAUUUACUUGAGCACAUUUCAUGUUUACAAGUAUCUUAGAGAUCACACCACCUGUUUGGCAAACUGUUUUUCUUUUCCUCAUGGAAACUUAACCAUAAUCCGAAAGCAAAAAGACAUUCCAUUCUGCAAGAGCAAGCAUCAUUAACCUUUAACUUUACAUUUACAUGUUUCAACGGGGCGUUCCGGCGAAGCGAUUCUUACCAUAGGUUUAUUUUUUUAACCGUCUCUAAACAUGUUGGUCGUGAUGAAUCAUGACAAUUUUUUUUCUCGGCUCAGUGUCGUUUCUUAGCGCCUGAUUACUUUUAAAAAGACGUAUUCUUUUGCUGGAAUAUUACGAGUGCCCUUGUUUCAACGUCUGAUGUAAUAAUACCGAUGUAUUUGCGCGCAGUGAUAUAUUGCAGACCACUGAAGUUGAAAUUUUAUUGCAGCAAUGUUGAGUAUAAUUUAAGAGAAAGUGUCAAUCAAAAGGUAGAUAGGGAUAGAGAAAUCACGCUAUUAUUGUGUGUUUAUUGCUUUUUAUUCAUAACCUUAUCUUUGAUAACUAUUUGUUAAUUUGAUUACUGUGUUUUCUUUUGCCCAGUUGUGAAAUAAAAUCCUAUAAUUACUUUUCAAUAGACAGAUGUCUUUUAGGUCCAAAUCUUUCUGUAGCUGGUUUCUUGACAAUGUUUCAGAGUGCAUUUGAGGUUUUUUUGAUGGAUUCUUUACCUGUGUAUUCUCAAUAAACUGCAUGAUUUUUUGGUAUUAGGUUAUAGAAGUAGUAUGAUAGUAAUCACAUUUCCUUCCGUCCAAGGCAUCAAGGAGUCAAUUGUAAUAAUAUUGUGAACAAUUGAUAACCAGGACAAAAGCAAUAUCCAGAAAGACAUGUUUAGUUUUUUGUUUUUUAGUUAUUAACUAAACCAAGGAGGUUUUCCUUUGAAAGAGUUAUUUAUUUUAGUGUUCAAGUGGCAAAUGCGAGCUUUGAAUUAAUAUACAUGUGGCUACAUAUACAUGUGAUUGUCAUUUGACUAAUUUAAGUAACAGUUACAGACAACAAGACAUAGUUCAAUAUGACCAAGAUUUUAUUUGAGUUUUUUUCAUGGCUCCUCUAUUUGAAAAUCAUAAGGAAUUUGUCUUUGUCAUUGAAAUGGUACACUACAAACUUAUAUGUGUAUCAACACUGAUUCUUUGAAUAACAGUUUGGGACCAAUUGGGUUAUAGCAAGGUUGUAGCCAUUUCAUAGUUAUUGACUUCAAAUGGCUGCUGUGAUCCACAGCCAACAAAGUUGUAUGAAUGUGACAAGUAAAAGAAUGUAAUGGCUUCCAUGUAGCUCACUGUGGUUAAUUAUUCUUCUUAAACUUUUUAGAAAAAGGCCAAAGGACAAGAACUUCUUGACCUUGUUUUUAAGAACCUGGAUCUUGUAGAGAAAGACUACUUUGGUCUUCAGUUUAUGGACACACAUCAAGUUUCGGUAUGGUUAUUAUUUCUUCUUCUGAACCCUCUAGAUUGAGAGGGAAUUUUCAUCUGAUUGAAAGGAAGUGGGUAUCACUGUUCCUGGGGUGAGGGCAUGUCCAAUGGAGAAAAAGAUCAUUUGGGGUUAGGGUUAAUUUUUUGGCAAAUACAUGAUAUUACAUAUUCAUUGCUAGGUGAAGUAAGGAUAAAUCUAUAUGGAGACCUUACAAGUACACAGGAUUCAAUAAGCUUUUCCAUAAGCAGCUUCCAACAGUGUAAUAAAUGGCUGUGCCCAGAGAAGGCACUGUAUAAGGCAAAACCCAAACAUGAGAAGUGUCUGGCAGGCCCAACAGACAGCAGGAAGAGUUCUUAUGGGCUGUGGUAGACCUUUGGUAACUGGCUUUAUCAAAAACCCUGUAAUUAUAGGACAAUUUUGUCUUGAACAAGCUUACAAUUCUAGUUGUAGUAAUAUAUAAUAAUAAUAAUAAUAAUAUAAUAAUAAUAUAAUAAUAUUGUAAAUAUAUGACUUUCAUAUAUUCUUAACCAUUAUAAAUACUUAUUGCUGAUGUAAACUUUAUCCAUUUUCCUGACAGCAUUGGUUAAAUCCUAUGAAAAAAAUCAAGAAACAAGUCAAAAGUAAGAAAUUCUACACUUCUUCCUUUUAUUUCCUGUGAUUCAGAACUGUUCAGAAAUGAGAAGCAAAGAAAAACCUACUUUUUGUGAGAUAAGUUUUAAUCUGUAAAUGUCACAUGUUUGUCCCUUGUGCUGGUAAGAUUUGUAUCAAAUUAUUUAUUAUAAUCUUUUGUUUUAAUAAGAAUAAUAAAUGUUUUUACAAAUGCAAAUAUGUAAUUAUAAUUAAAUUCUUAAUAUUAUUUUCCAGUUGGUCCUCCAUAUACAUUACACUUCCGAGUCAGAUUUUAUGCUGCAGAACCACAAGACUUGACAGAGGAACUUACCAGGUAAAUAUUCUGCAACAAACAAGCUUUCUAAGCUGCAAUAGUUGCCAUGGCAAGAAGGAAAUAAUUAAGAAAUGAAAAUGUGAAGAAGGUCAUCAAUUCAAGAACCAAUAAACAAGUUGAAACUGAACAUAAUAGAGAUUUCAUUGUCAAUGCUCUAAAGUUGAGGUGAAAUAGACUUUUGCAUGAAAUGUUAUUGACAUUUAAAUGUCUUAACCUUAUGUAAGAUUUCCUUCCUUCACCGUGGUUGUUCUGGUAUUAAGCUUUGUUUGAGAUGUUGCCUGUGAUAGUCAGUCAAACUGUUAACAGUCAUAACAAAGUGAUUUGGUAUUAUCAACUGAGUUGACAAUGUAAAUUGGCAACUGUUGAGAGUUUCAAAGCUGACAUUUCAAGCAUUAGCCCAUCAUCAGAACAGAUGUAGGAAUUGUGGGUUGUGUGUGUGUUUAUAUGCAGAAAAUUGAGCUAUACUAUCGGAGGGAACAUGGAAAUGAGAAAAACAAGAAUAAAUUAGUUGAAUGAAAAGCAUUCACUGAUACUUUGGAAAUUAGGAAUAUCAAUUUGAAAGAUAAAUUUUUGUUCUAGAGUUUUGUGGCUUUCCAAAGUGCCUAGAUGUAGGGAAAGCCUGCAAACUGCUCAGAAAGAUUAGGGAAAUUUAAGUGUCCAGUGACUGGUUUGGAUGGGUCCUUGUCAUUGCUUUCUAUGUUGCAAAGGUGCUCUCAGAAUUGGUCACCUAGCUGUCUUCCUGUUUCACUAAGAAAUAAGAGCAAGUUAUGCAGUAGAUGACAUUGGUGGAGGUGCACUUGAAGUUAUCAGUAAUCUUAAUGGAUCUCUUGGGUCCCGACAUUUUCUCUAUGUUAUGAAUGCAUUGUGUGCAGGCGAAUUUGAAAGGUUCAGGUUGAUCAUUAGUUUGUAAUGAACUUCUAUUGUGUUUUGAAUAAAAUUGGUGGAGGUUGCAAAAAGAUAUACCCAAACCAUUUUGAAAUAAUUUAAAAUUUUUAAGAAUGAUAGAUUUAACUGUGUGGUUAAGGUUGCAAAAUGGAAAUUUUGAGUUGGGAGCCCUGCAAAUGUUACAUUUGCAUUGAAAAAGUUUAAAUAUAAUCUAUGAUAUAUGUGUUAGUUAAUGGAAGCUAAUAUUUCAUGUUAAUUUGCUUUAUCAAUUCCCAUUUAGAUAUCACUUCUUUCUGCAAAUUAAGCAAGAUAUAUCCAGAGCAAAGUAAGUUUUUCAUCCUUUAAAAUGCAAUAUUUUUAAUUUAAGAUGUUAUUAUUUUUUAUGAGAAAUUUGUAAACAGGCAUAUAAUGUGUCAAUAGAAACUACUUCCUACUAAAGAUAUAUUAUGUAUGCUUAAGAUUGACAUCUUUUUCUAGGCUUGAGGUUCCACUCAAGGUUGGUGUUGACUUGACUGGCUACAGUUUGCAAUGUAAGUUUUGAACAUCCUUUUGAAAAGUAAUUUGUCUGUGUUUGUUGUGAGUAGAAACUUGCAAAUUGCCAAAAAAAAUUCAUGGCAUCAUCUGAUCAACCUCACUUACAUGCAUCUGGGUCAAAUUUAGUUGUUUUACUCUUCAUAAACUUUCUGUCAGUCUGACAUCCUUGUAGUACACUUUGCUUCUGUUGUUUUGUCUCUUCAAAAGUUUGUGUUUCUGAGUGUAAAGUUUUUCUUAGAUUAGUGGAUAUUUGAUGUCUCUGUGCACUGGUUCAAUUGCAUUUCAUUUCACAUUUGUAGCUCAUCUUGGUGACUUUGAGCCAGAGCUUCAUGAAGCAUCAACUGAUUACAUUACGGAAUUCAAGUUUAUUCCCAAUCAGGUACAGUAGGCAAUUACAAAAUUAUGAUGCAUAAAAAGGAGGCUUCUUACAGUAAAAAAUAAAGUAAAUAAAAAAAUUACAAACUUAAGAUGCAUAGAAAUAAAUUUUGUAUUUAAAAAUGUUAGAUUUUUCCUCAGAGCCAAGUAACUGAGUUAUGCAUAUUCUUCUUCUGUCAAGAAGGGGUCCUCACCUGGGGCCACAACAAAAAAACGAAAACUUGCAUGAUUGAAACAUUAAUUACAUCACAGAGUAAAGCUGUUAUUUCGGUUGCCGUACAAAUAUCUUAAGCUUUUUGUAUUCUCUGCAGUUUAGAGCUAAUGCUAAUGGAUAGUUGCUGGUAAAUCAUUUAUUUGUUUUAGACAAAAGAGUUGGAGAAAGAAAUCAAGAAGAAGCAUAAAGCUCUUGUGUAAGUUUGUGCUAAGAGUAGUGAAUGUAGUUCAUUGUCUAACCCUGCAGUGCAGGCAUCUUACCAGGGAAAUUUAACAUCACAAGCUGGCCAUCAUCUAGCUGGCCAUGUUUGAUUUAAAGUGGAAGGUGGGGUAAGGAGGCCCUCUCUUUUGUUUUGAGCAUUGCUCACCCCCUCAGUGCAAAUUUUCUCUCCCCAGCCUUCCACUGCAGCUGUAAAAAAUCAAAGAUGGCAGCCAUAAUGUAUGGAAGAAAAUGUUGUGCACCCACCUGCCAAAAUUAGGCCUGCUCUGCAAGCUAUUCAUUGUCCUUUUAUCACUACAUUAUAAAAAUAAUAAUGCAAUAUUUUGAAAUUCUCCUUUGACUAAUCUACCUUUGUUUGAUCAUUUUCACCAGUGGCUUGAAUCCAGCUGAAUGUGAAGUUAAUUUCCUCAAGAUUGUGAAGAACAUGGAUUUCUAUGGAGUUGAUAUCCAUACUGUUGUAGUAAGAAAUACGCCAUUCAUUGACUUGCUAUUCAGUGAAAUUACAGCAGUAUUAAAAUUUGAUAUUCUACCUAUUCAAAAUCUUUUUACUUUUAAUAAGUGUAAUUAGUCUUGUUCGUGCCUUGUUAUAGCAUCUAAGUUUCCAUUUGUUUUCACAUUAUUAGGGGGAAAACAAAAUGGAGUGCCAGCUGGGUUUGACACCUCGUGGUAUUUUGUCCAUCAAGGACAAAGAGAAGAGGACAAUUUUUGCGUGGUAAGCAGAAAGAUAAACAGUUUAUUAACAUUAUAUGCUUGUUGUGUGAUCUUUCAGGGUUGUGGAAUGUCAAGUUAAACUAAUUGCCUAACUUUUCCUUAACUUUUCAGGCAGAAGAUUACCAAAAUCUCAUUCAAGAAAAACAGAUUUCACCUGGAGUACCAAGGGGUACAAGUUCUUUCUUGAUUGUUGCACCAAGAUUUGCUUAAGUGUUUUAAAUUAAGAACUAACCUAACCUUCCUUGUAGUUCUUUUCUAACGCUAACUUUCCGCAUAUUGCGGACCUAUUUCUGUUUCAGGCUCAACGGCAUGCUGAAAGUUACACGUACACGUGUACCAGUUCCCUCGCUGCCAAGCAUCUAUGGAAAAGUGCUAUUGAACAUCAUACAUUCUUCAGGUAUUAUGAAGGUUUUUCAGUGAAUUUUUUUUUUGAUUGGUCAAUUGCUUUUGUUAAUUUUUUCCAUGCCGAGUAAAGUUUAAUGUGGGCUUUUUUAAUCAUCUUUGACACAGACUCGUAAAACCAACUACAAAGCCAAAGAGAACGUCCAGCUUCCUACGCUUUGGAUCACGUUACAGAUAUAGGUUUGUAUCAAACUGCACGAAGCUUCUCUUAUUUUUUUUCUUUUCUGAAAGCUAAACUGAUAGUGAAGCGGCACCGCACAAGAAUCGCGAACCUAGAACUCGAGGGGGGCAGGGGUCAGGGGUCAGGAGAAUAGAAUUUUCUCAGUUAGCACACCCUCCCCUUCCUCGUCGCUUUUUCACGCGCGCCCGCCGCUCAAGCAGUUGAAGAAGCAAUUGAGAAAAUACAGAAAGACAACUUGAAGUGAAAUGAUGCACUGCGCGUCGUCGUUAAUAUAAUUAACAACAACAAUUGCAACAAAAUAAGAACAACAAUACUUUAUUAAGAUGCACUCCACCGAGAUGUGCUUGUUAGACGUGUAUGUGGAAAUAAAUACUUAUAAAUGAAUUACAAUGAGUAUGACAAUGGAGGGCUAAAAUAGCGUAAAUUCUGCCAUAUACUAUUAUAUACGUUGGAGGGAAAAGGACGAGAAAAUGAAGUUUCUAAUUAUUUGUUUGUUGGUUUGUUUGUUUGUUCUUUUUUUUCUUGAAUUUGUGUUUUGGUUUAGCGGGAGAACAGAGCAUCAGGCUCAAAGAGAUGCGAGAAUGAGCGCCAGGAAGUCACUCAAGAUUCAAAGGUAAUCUGAACUACUGUGUAAAAGCUAUGUUACUUUUGUUCAUAGCAAUUUAUAAGAGAUGAAAGAGUGUGAAUUCAUCAAACAUUGGAGUAAGAUUUGCGAUUGAAACAAAAACUGUUCUUGUUAGGAUAAAGUGUUAUACCCCAUUCACACCAAAGCUAGUAUCGACUUCAGUUAGCGUAUUGAAAAUACGAAUUACUGACUACUUGAACCCUAUGAAAAAUUCAGUUUUUCAGUUCUCUGUUUCUAAUGCAGUUAAACGUAAUUUAACUAAACAUGUUUUGCUGGUAUGAAUGAGGUAUUAGUUAUAAAUAUAUUAGAAUUGAGGGGGUAAGUUACUAAAGAAACUGUGGUGCCACGUUGGGGAGGGGGAGAGAGGGAGAGGGAGGGGGAGAGGGAAGGGGAGGGAAGUAUAGGAAGAUAUCUUGGUUUCAUCAACUGAGUUGAUGAUGUAAACUGGCUAACGUAAAGAGUUCCCAAAGAUGACAUUUCGAAGGUUACCCCUUGGUCAGAGCAGAAUCACCUGGUUGUAUUAUGAUCCAAACACACUUGGGUUGACCUUUAGUAAUUAUUUUAAUCUGUUAAAUGGUUUGCGUUCAACAUCUAAGGCUUGAACGCCUUCUUGCUUCUAUUAAGAUCUAAUAUUAUUCCCCUCGUCACAUUUGAGCAGGAGAUUUUCCUCAUUGACCCAGUGAGGUUUCUUGGCAACACAACACGCAUAAGUCAAGUGGCGCCCACUUUUUGUUCUUUUGUUAUCAGUGGGUAAAGUUCCCAGCCACUGUUUGUAGCAGCUUACAAGAAGGUGUGAAAAGCCUGCUGGAGAAGUAUUCAGCUGUAGUAUUAUUUUAACAGGUGGAUUACACCGAGGAUUACCAAGCCAGUGGAUCGCUCUUGUUUAAAAUCAGGUUUAUUUACAUGAAUGUUUCUUUUAGGGCAACAAGUGAACGAUUUUCAAAGAGACCUACUGUUGGUGAGUAACCAGUUGACUUUCAAGACGACUCCUGUUGUGUUCAAGAUAUCAUUUAUUAUUUAAACAUGUUUGUGCGUCAUAUGUGGUGUUAACAAUAAUCCCUCAAUCAACCAAACGCCCAACUUGGUUUCAUAUUCCAUGUUUCGUUAGUGCAAGUCGACUGAUUAUCAACACAGAGAAUGAACGAAUUACUCUACAAACUUCGCUCCUGUAAGCGUUAUGACUGAUCAAUCGAACACUUUUUGUCGUCGUUUUCUCACCAUCGUUAAAAUGCUGAUGUUAAAAUCAAAUCUUGCCACUGCGUAUUUUGGCAACAACUACAAGUUCUUUAAGGAAUGUACUUCGAAGAUGUACCUCAACAAGAAUAAAUUUCAUCGAUUGGUCUGACUUCUUCACUUUUCUAGAUAUAGAAACAUUCAUGUAGCACUUUUCCAUUAUUGGCUGAUGUUUAUGAAAUCCAUUUUCGUGGACGAGACCCUGUAAAUUUGGCUGAUGGCUGAUAUACCCAUGAUUCUUUGCAGACGUAUGACCAUAUAUUGUUCGCUGCUAGCUUCACAUUUAGUGUUGGAUCUGUAGUCACUAUUUACCAUAAACAGUUUUAGUCGUAAAAGCGCAAGUAAACGUUUUUUUCGGUAUCUGUAAUCGCAUUAAAACUGUAGGCGCCAGUUAAUUAGUAGUGAAAAUGUCCUCGUAAGAUUUCUACUUAAUUACUUUACAGUCAACUUUCAUUAAAUUUUUUGCAUCUUCGUUUUAAAAGUUUUCGUAAGUUGUGGAUAAAAGUUUUCGUGGCCUCCACGUAGAUUGACAAAUAAUAACAUCUUCAAUCGAUUGUUUUGUAUUUUACAAAGAGGCUCUUAUUCAGUCGAUCAUUUGUGAAACUAUAACUAUGAUCACUUCUGACAAGCCUUCGUUUAUUGGUGAGUUGCUGAUGAGAAUUGAACUUGUUUUGAUUGCCGAGUUCUUGGCAUUUGACGUCAUGGCAUUGAGGAAAUACACUAGUGUAAAACUGAGCACAAGUUUUGUGCGUGAAAAGAAAAAUUGAAGAUAAAGAGGAUAUUGUCAGAGGUAUAAGAAAUUUCACUUCCAGCAGGCCUGCUCAGCUACAAAAAAAUUAUAACCUUCAUCCGAAUUUGUGGAGAAAUCUUUUUUUGUCCUUACUCACAUGUGAUUGUGUUUUCGAGGGUCAUGAUAAUUAACCCUUGAACUCCCAUGAGUGACCAAGACAGAAUUUCUCCUUACAAUAUCAAUACAAUAUCAAACAGACAAGUGAUGAGAAUAAAGAAAAAAUUUCAAUUAGGGGAUUAUAAGUUGAUCUAGUACCAAAUUUACCAAACUAACAUCACAAGGACUGUAUGGCAGACAGUAAGGAGAAUUACUAAUAAGAUAUUGGGAGUUGGAGGGUUAAAAAAGCUUGAAAUGGACCAGUUUUAUAGUUUGUUUUUCUGUGACAGGCUUUAUUCGUGUUGGUUCCCGAGUUUGGGGUAAGGCGCUGAAUGGUGAUUUUUACAAAGGAGUGGUGACUGGUUUGGGAGAAAUGCUGCACAUAAAGUUUGACAAUGGAGACACUAUUGCGCAUGACAGAACUGACCCUGAGUGUGUUGUAUUUGAUCAAGUUCCUGAGAUCAGUGACUUAGAAAUUGGUAAGAACACGUUUAACAACAGGCUACUGAUUUUACUUAUUGAAUAACGUAAAAUUCACUGACUUCGGUCCUACCAACCUUCUCCCUUUUUUUUUUUUUUUUUUUUGUCCAGGGAGUCGCGUGAUCGCUCAUUGGCCAAGUCUGCCCGCUAAGCUGUCUGGGAAGGUGAUUGGUAUUGAGCAUGGCAAGUACUAUGUGGAGUAUGAUGAUGGAGACAAACAUCACAACACUAUAGACCAGCUAAGGAUACUCAAACCACCUUUGUAUUUCGGUAAGAUUUUAGAAAAUAAAUACAAUGUUCCUCUUCUAACCGUGUUCGAGGUCCUUCUUUAAAGUGAGUGUUCACUGUUUCAAUUUGUGGCUGUGCAAGCUUGAAAUCGAAUGGGACAAACCGAGGAUCGGUAACUCACAGUAAAAACUGAGAAGACGAAGUUGUUUCGUUACUUAUCAUAUCCCUACUUUGACUAUGACGAGUUCAGUAAACGACCUGUAGUCUAGUCUAAUCUUGAUGCGCUUCGAAGUGAAAACGAGUCCAGAUGUGGGCACGUUUUAACACAAUUCAAAGGAAUGUUUAUUUUCCUUCUUAACUUAAGAAUAAUUGGUUAUUAGUAACGUGAGAUUUUGGCUACAAAAGCAGAUUGAAUUUAGGCGCAAUAGAGUAUGGCCUCCUCAUUUGGCCAAUCACAGCGCGCGAACCAUCUGCGAUAUUUUUGAAAACCUGAUAACAUUCACUCCUUGAUACGAGUAAUGAAUUGAGAGUGCUGAUCUUUUUAUUGCGAGCCCUUAAAGGAACGGAGCCUAUGUGUAAUUAUUACUGGCAGAGUGAAAUAAUAAUAACGAAUUCAUUCGUGUCGCGCUCAUAUCCACUGGUUGUCCCAUGAUUAUAUCAGAGUAAUACAAAGGAAGAGAUAAACAGCGAUAAAUUAUCGAUUCCUCUUAUUUCCCUGUACUGAUAGGGGUUUUUGCUGCCAUUUUAAAAGUUUAAUUUGAGUGCAAGUAACUAAAAUAGAACCAAACACGUAACGUGUUGUUUCUGGCAGUAAUUCGUCCGACAAUAUAUUGUUCUUUCGACAAUAAUAUUACAACAAUUAGUUUGAGACUGGGUCAAUGUCUGUGGUUGUUUUGUAACAUUUACAAAAGUUUCUUUUGUGCUUGUGAAUGAUAACUUUUAGGGUUUAAGGUUUUCAAUGCUGUGUUAUUAAUCUGUUUGUCUUCCGGAUAUUGCUACUAAGGAGGCAGCUACAAAAAUAAGUUACACCGGAUGUUUGGUUUGUUAGUUGUGUCCGAGAUGCGGUUUUAUCCACUCAGCAGGCAUGUGUGAGUAGUUCCAACAAAACACUUUACUCGCGUUAACUUUGCCUCAAAUGUGGCUUCUUUCCAAAUAAGAAAGUUACCAGUAAUUCGAGUAUUUCAAGAAUGUUCUUUGGCAGUUUAAUUAUUCAUGGUUGGCCUCAGGGGUCGUAUCAUCUCGAACGAAACUUUUAAUUAUUUUAGUUACUGAAAUUCCCUAAGUGGAAAAGUUUUACGCCGGUUGUGUGCUGCGCCUACUCAGGACCCCGUUUAUUUUCAAAGGAUAACUUAGUUGUGAUUUGAGGGAAGUUGUAUUCUGCAUAAAGCGAGCCAUGAUAAUUGCGUUUUUAUCUCAUUUUACAAUUAGUUUGUUAAAUAUAAUUAAAUCAUGGAAAGUUCUUGAACACACCUUACGUUGUUUACGUUACGUUCUGUUUUCGAUUCAAUUUGGCAAACUAAAAGUCGGGAAAGUUCACGGAAUUCUAUUUACGCACUAGAACUCGUUACUUUAAGACGCGGCUUGAUCAUUUAUCACUAGAAGAACUCUUCUCGUUGGCGAGUGACGACGGAAAAAAUUUUAGGUUGCCUCCAACUUAGAAGUGAUAACAUGAAAUUCUCCUCGUGUAAGAAAGUUCAUUUCGAGGGCGCGCUCCGAUAUAUCGUGAAAGGUUAGUAGGUUAAAAUGUAAUGUUCUUUCAAGUGACACUUCUUCGCUAUUUAAUUGCUUUCCUGACGAUCCUUAGUAAAUGCAUUCUAGUGCAACACUGUAAACAGUGCUUAUGUUUAAAAAGGUUAUUCUAUAGGUUGUAAUUAAUUCGAGUCCUGCGUUAAAUUAGCAUCCCGCCCGGGAGCUGGGACAAACCUCCUGGCCCCAAAUGCUCAGAAGAGAUCUGAAAAAGCCAGUGAAAGAUACAAUGAAACUAAAUACGAAAUAGUUUUCAUUUUACGUUUUACUCCAAAUCUCGCCGGGAAUUGCAUUUUGAUAAAAUUAAUUUUUGACAAUAUUAAUUAACGGAGUUGUAAAACAUUUCCGAUUUCUAGGUUCGAUUGUGUUGUAAAGCUCUGAUAUUAUAACUCGUGCUCUAACGUAAAAAGCUUGAGAUUACUAUUGCGAAUCAUGUUUUUUUUAAAAAAUACAUAUACACCUUUUGUCAGUAUUACCCUUUGCGCCAGAGGAGUCUCGUCUUUGUAUGUUUAUUCAAAUGAAAGAAUAGCAAAAGUGCAGCUCUAACAAUCUUGCACUGUAGAUGAUGGGUAGAAUCUUGUUUGCUUUUCUUCGGUCUUUGUAAAGAGAACUGCAUCGCAUUUCUCAGUUUUUGGCUCAUAAUUUUUUCCAAACAUUACUUUGUUAUUAACCGAUCAAAUCGGAACAUCAAACUUUUAUUUACCAGAGCAAACGAUCAGUAAUAACUAUUUUUAUUUUCCUCUCACUAGGACCCGGAGCCAAAACUCGGCGAGGCCUUAGAAAAGCAGAAUCAAUGAAAGUAACAAGUCUGACUGGUCGAGCUGUGAUUACCACUGAACUGCCUCCACGCUCCAACUCUAAUGGUUAUGUUAAACCUGAAGAACAUCUCUCGUCUGAGGCUGUGGAUGGUGCCAUAUCUUUACCAUCCACGUCAGAGACUAGGAAGGUCGACGAUGAUUCUUCCGAAUUAUUCGGUGCGUCGAGCGUUUCCGGAGGUCUCCCAGACGAUCGACCGAAGAAUAUCCAUGCGCGAUCAGCGUCGCUUCCUGCCAAUGUUCGACUUCCACGUUCGGCUUCCACCAAACACGAUAGCACCUCGUCAUCUCCUUCUACGUCGCCCAGAACAGACAAGAAAGCCACUCGUAACAAGUCAUUUGCGGGAACAACCAAGGCCUCUUACGCCAAAAGAGCUCCACUGGAGAUUUUCUCGUUGCCUGAAACAGAUGUUGACUCGGGUAUCUCAGUGGCUUGUGAGAGACCAACGUCGGGAAGGCAAUCCAAACGAAACCUUCGAAUAAUGGAUCUAAUGAAGAACAGUAAGGAGGAUGAAAAGAAAUCGGGAAAAUCCAAAAGUGACGAAACGCACAGCCAAUCAAAGCGUGAUAAAAAAUCUGGAAAAGUGAAGUCUGUAGGUUCCACGCCCGCUCGGCCAGACAUACGGGUUUCUCCGAAUGCACCUUACGUGCCGAAUUACUUAGAGACAGACCUUGACUCUGAUUCUGGGAAGCACAGUAAUUACUUCGUGGACGAUCAGCGAAGCUUUCGAGUAUUUAUACCCAGUGAUAGAAACAAGCGAGAUCAUAAAAAGCGCUUCACUACAAUUGAUGGAAUUUCUGCUUCAGACGAAAGAUUACUUCGAGGAAAAGGCGCUUCUCCUGUGAAAAGGUCUGAAUUCAUAUUUCCGUUUCAUUUCCUUUUUUAAUAUUUUUUCCGUGUGUUUCCUUUUCAUUUUGUGUAUUCUGGUGACUUGACCCAGUCUCCCGACCAAAGGUGGGGAACUUAAAGAGAGCUAGGAAACCCUCCUCCCUUUUUCCUUAAAAAGAUAGUUAGUUUUAAUAAGCAUUCACAUGUCAAGUUUUCAAUGAGCAUCGUGUUAAAGAAGGAAAUGAAAAGGAAAACGUUGAAAGUCGAAGUAAGUAAAGGAAGCAUGUGCCUCUUUUUGUUUUCGGAAACUUUCGUGAGAUAUUUUAAAUUUUUCUUGAUUCUGUUCUUAAGGUUUCUCGUCGUCGAUAGUUGUUAUUUUGUUCAUUAUGUAUUUAUAUUCAGUUAUUGACUGUCGCGCAGAUCCUAAAUAAUCUCUACCUUCUUUAGUGCUUUCAUCUUAAUCACUUUCCUUAUGUGGCUUUCUUGUUAUAUUCAAGCGUCUUUUCAAAGUUACCAGCAUAUAAACCUCUUUUUGCACAAGAUAUCUUUAAAUUCGAUGUCGUCAUCUUUACCGUUUAUUUUGUGUUUCAGGAGACGAAGUUCACUUCCGGAGCUGCGCACAAUUUUCAAUCAAAAACAGGAAGAGAACAAUCCUCAGGGGUAUGUAAUAAGUUGUUUCGACUUUUCAGUUUGACUUGAUUGAUGUAAAAUUUGUUCUCUCACGAUUUCCUUAUUUUAUUAUUUGUUUCUUUGCCAGUAACGAGAAUAAACUGACAAGGAGAAAUAGAACGCAUUCCCUGAACGAUCUCGCCAAAAUGUAGGUGUUGUUUGUUUGUUUACUAUUCAUUACAUUUCCUUCGUGAAGGACGCUGUGACUUAAUGGUUAGCGCGCUACGCUCCCGAUCGAGAGGUCUCGUUCCGACCCCUGAUGGGGUCAUUGUGUAAUGUUCUUGGGCGAAACACUUUACUCUCCCAGUCCCUCUCUCUGUCCAACUUAGAACAGCCUUUCAUCCAGGAUAGUAGAUAGCCUCGAAACUUAAGUGGAGCAGAAACUUGGGAUAACUUCUGCAAUUUCUUGGCCUCUUUUUCCCUCACACUUCUUAAACCUUUUUCAAUACUAGGUCACCAACCAACAGAAAGGCUACGCCACUACAUAUUGACAACUUGUCUAGUGCAACAGACAAUCGGGUAAGUGAACUACACUCGUAACCUUUUGGGAGUUCCAAGUUUGUCUGUUUCUUGGACAAAUCAUGACGUGGCCCACGAGGAAUUCACGCAUAUGUUAUUAAUGAGUGCGCAUUACGUAGAGAAGCAAGGGAAGAACCAUUUUUAUUCGUUUUUUCAGUUGAGCGGAGGCAAGUGCGAGGGGUAAGAUGUUCGACGAGAGUUUUUUUUUUUUUGCGCUCCUUCCCUCGCCUGUCUCGCCCUUCGCGUGCACCUUGCGCGUACACCGAUCGCCUGAAAAUCACGCAAGCAAUGACAUUAUACCAAAAGUUCACUCUAUAGAAGUAAUUACAAGCCGUAUGUUCCUGAAUUUGUUGUUAUUUUCGUUGCAGUGUGACUCACCGUUGUUUUCUCCAGGCAUGGAGCAGAGUGCCUCAAGCAAUAAACUGUUACUUGUCACCGAUUUAUAGCGAGACUAAAAGGACAUCAGAUGUGGCAAUAUGCCUCACACAUGACGCGGAAAGUCAUAUAUAUGAAGUGGGACGCAGAUGAUCGGUUCGUUACAUAAUCCCAAUGUUAAAAACCCUAGCAAUAGAAUAUCAAGGUGGAAAAGACGCUUUUUUUAUUACAAAACCUGCUUCCCUUUUUAUGUACAGUGAAGAUAUCCUGAAUUUGUUAGGUUUAUAUUUACGGGACCAAAAUUUGAAAUUUCGAAUGACAGCUACAAUUAUCGCCUGCUAUUGCUUAAAAUAAUUGUUAUGUCUCAUGUAGUUAGGCGAAGCUUUUUUAAUGUGUUUUCUUGAUUUUACUAUUAUUUUUCCUAGAAAUAUCUGUUGAUUAAUAUUUUUUGUAGUGGUAUUUUCAUUGAUGGACGUAGUAAAGAAAACUGUUAGUACUCAGUAUUCCCUGUAAGUUGGCAAUAAUCCUUUCUUGAGAACUGUCUCAAUUGUAAAUCAUAAUAGUAGUAAUAUAUUAUAGGAAAUAUGUCAAUUGCGAACAAACAGCAAGGUUUUGUUGUCAUUUUGAAAUCACUGUAAAAUUAGUGACUGGGUUACAAAACUACUUUAAUUUCUGUAAAUGAGGGCAGAAGUUGAAUUACACUAGUUGAUUGUGGCUACCGCUCCUUGAUUGGUCGAUAAGAUUGUCAGCUGUCUCCUGUCUCCCCGCGGGCGCUUCUGGUGGUAUUGGAGCGAGGAAAUUUGCUGACACCUCAGACUAAGUUUGCAAUUGGUUGUUGAGAGGUUCCGAUCAACCAUUGGCCAUAUUGUUAUGAGCCAAUGAUUCGGGGACCUUUCUGGUGUGGUGACUGGUUCUAUUUAACUAAUGAGAAUGCGAUUUAAAACGAGACCCACAGGCUUAAUAGUUUGAAAUCCUCGUAGACUUGUCUAAUUCCCAAAUUUAGGCGGGAAAUAGCGAAAUUAUUUACCAAACAAAUAUUUGAAGCCGCUAGUUCGUCUUCAAAACAUAAGAUACUCAGCUACUUCAGAAAUGUUACGACGGUGCAAGGUAAUUGUUCCACUGCUUU